AUGCAAUUAUUUGUCUCAUUACAUGAUCAUGAAGAUGUGAGGCACAGCGAAUUUGUAUUCAUUUUCAACGCAAAGGUAUGUAUGUAUUUUUUAAUUGUUGGCCAAGUGUAUGUUAGUAAAAAAAAUCAAUUUAGACUACUCUAAAUCGGCUGGUCGAAUGCAUUGCCGUGCGAUUUAAUAUUCCACUUUUGCAUCUGAAAUUGUUCACCACUGGAGGAGAGAUCAUAAGAUUUCAUUUGAAUUGGAAACUUUCUCAAAUGAACUUGAAUCACCUUGAUAAUGUAAUUGUGGUAAGUUUUCAAAUUUAUCUACUUAUAUUUCAUGGAAAAAUUUUUUUGGACCUUUUUAGGCCUUUCGAGAAAAAAUUCCCUGGGCUUUCACUAUUCAAAGGGGGCCCAAUCUUUUGAGCAAAUAAAAUUUUGUCGUCUUACCCCCCCCCCCCUUUAAGCUAUUGCUUUUUUCAGAAACAUGACAAACUUGUCAAUUGGGUUCAAUUUCUCAGUAGUUUGGAGACGGUCAAAAAUGCGAAAAAUUCAAGGCUGAUUAAAUGGGAGUUGGAUUCUGCGUCGCAACAACUCCCCGUCCUCGUAAAUUCCAAGUUCUUUCUCGCGUAUGUGAAAUUUGAUAGCACGCCUAGGAUGUUUUUCGAAGAGUUCGGUAACUGCUUAUAUUUGAAUAGCGAAUUCAAGACCAUCGAAAUCGCAUCAAAACAUUACUUCUCCAUUAUUCUGAAGGAUAAUCCUGCGUGUCCCAAUUUGCAAUUCAAAUGUGUGAAUAAAAGACGUGCCCGUCUUGGUCUUCAGGUGAGAGUUACUGCUGUCCACUGUACUUCUCAUUGAAUAAUAUGUUCUAAGGGUGGAUUGGAAUGCCACAUAUACGAACAAGGACAAUUGGCAAAGAUAUAUCAUGUCAAGAUUCACACAAAAAAGGGAACAAUUGCACGACAACACAAGUUGUGA